UAAUAAGAAACACCAAAACCGCCUUUGUGCCGUGGAUUAGUCUCGACGAUCAUACGUUGAGGAUACCACGUAAAUCUGUGUCUCUCUGUUUCGAUUAUGUACGUUUCGAUUAUAACUCUGUUUCAUAUUAGUUAACAUGGUAUCAGAGCCUUCUAUGACCGAGAGGUCUUGUGUUCGAUUCCCGGUGACCCCCAUUUGUUAAGCACAUGGUAUUCUUGUCUUCAGACCUGUGCAAACUUCAAGCCCUUGUGAGUGGCUUUCGUUUGAGGGGGCGUGUUAGUGUUGUGGUAUAUGAUCCACGAUUGAACCUCUCCCAACAACUCGAGUUAUUGGGAUCAACUGGUUCUUGACAUGGUAUCAGAGCUUACCAGCAUGGAAUCCGAUCAGAUGUCCACCCGUCUCAAUUCCAAGAAUUACGCCAUAUGGGCGUUUCAAUUUCGAACAAUGAUCAAGGGGAAGGGGUUUCUUGGUCAUCUCGAUGGUACAUCUGCACGUCCGGUUGUCCCGCCCGCGACGGAUCAAGAGCUCGCAAAAUGGGUCCAAAACGACGCUAAGGUGCGCUCACUGCUUCUGAAUUCGGUAGAUCCCACCAUCCUCCUGGGUCUUCGCUUACUCUCCUCAGCUGCUGUCAUGUGGAAAUCAUUGGCCGAUACGUACGCCUGCACCAGCAACAACCGCCAGUUUGAGCUCGAAGUUGAGCUUGCCGCCCUUCACCAAGGUAAUCUCGACGUUGCUUCGUACUUUAAUGCUGCUCGUCUUCUCUGGACAGAAUAGGAUCUGCUGUCUGCGUCACUCCUGUCCCAGCUGUAGACACCACAUUUUGUCCGGGAUAAUUGUUUUAUUGAAAAUAAAUAUUGUCACGUCAUACUACAAUUAUAUUUAAAAAAAGAAGUUGAAGAUAGUUUGGUUGAGACUAGCAGUUGCAAGUCAAUAUGAACCAACAAUUGUCAAAUUUGCUCCUAGUCGAUUCUAGGGCAUAAUUAACAGUUAAGUUAAGA